CAUCUUCUCCGUCAGUGUGGGUACUUGCGAGGCCUUGGGGAAAGAUGCCGAAGAGGACAACUCACACGUACUCGAGCGAGGACGCAGUUCCCGACGGUCCAAACUCCGAUCUCUUUGUCUAUUACUGCAAACACUGCAGUUCUCACGUCCUCAUCUCCGAUAAUCAAUUGCAGAAAAUGCCAAAAAGGAAAACCGACAAAGCAUAUGUAUUGGAUAAAGAAAAGUAUCUUGCAAGACUGAGUGUAGAUGAUGCGGGGAAAGUUCUUCUAAAGCGUGGUGAAGGGAAACUGGAGAAGCAGUUUCGGAUGUCCUGUAAGGGUUGUGGCCUGUUUGUCUGCUACCGGUCAGAAGAAGAUCUGGAGACUGCCUCCUUCAUCUAUGUAGUUGAUGGUGCACUUAGUACUAUUGCGGCUGAGACAAAUCCACAGGAUGCUCCUGUACCGCCCUGCAUUUCUCAGUUAGAAGGUGGCCUUGUGCAAGUGGCAAUAGAAGUCGAGGACCGUGCCCAACGGUCAGCAAUUACAAGAGUAAAUGCAGAUGAUGUUCGGGUCACUGUAUCCGCACCUGCAGCUCGUGGAGAAGCUAACAAUGAACUUAUGGAAUUCAUGGGCCGAGUACUGGGUCUGAAACUAUCUCAGAUGACUCUCCAAAGAGGGUGGAAUAGCAAAUCAAAGCUUCUUGUAGUGGAGGAUUUGACAGCUAGACAAGUAUAUGAGAAGCUCUUGGAAGCUGCCCAACCUUGAGAUGGUUCCCUGAUCCUUUUCUUCUUUGUCAUUUUUCCCCAUGUUUGUAACAUUGGAUUUUCAGUUUCACAAAAUUGAAUUCAGUUGUCUUUGCAUCUCUGGUUCUGAUCCUAUUGGGAGUUCUCGUUACCUGCUCAGCAUUAAUGAUACACUGACGGAUUACUCCA